AUGUCUUCCCCAAGCAGCGAAGCAGCAUCAGCGGACGAAGCAAUCGACUCCGAUUCGACAACGACCACGGGGAAGCCAAAGUGCAAAUCGUGCUGCGCCUGCCCGGAAACGAGGAAAGCGCGCGAUGAAUGCAUCCUGGAAAAUGGCGUGGAAAAUUGCAGCACACUCAUAGAACGACACAAGCAGUGCAUGCGAAAUAUGGGAUUUAACAUUUAA